GGAUUUUUCUCUGCCUGUCUCAGUUCUUUCAGAGGUCGAGAAAUAGGAAAUGAGAAGUUGAUUGCCAUUCUUGAUCUGCAACAAAUUGGUUACAGAAACAUUGAUACUCGUGGUUUAAUCACGGGUUUUCAGUUCUUGCAGUCAUACUAUCCAGAGCGCUUAGCCAAAUGUUACCUUUUACACAUGCCUCGGUUUUUUGCGGCAGUUUGGAGGGUGGUAUCUAGCUUCCUUGAGAAGGCUACUUUAGAAAAGAUUGUGAUUGUGUGCAAUGAAGAGGAAAGAAGAGAGUUGAUGAGAACUGUUGGUGAAGAAGCCUUACCGGAAGAGUAUGGAGGACGAGCAAAACUUGUUGCGCUUCAAGAUUCUGUAAUAACAUCAUCGGAUGACUACAUGUCAUGAAUCUGCGAAGGUGCUGUUAUGAACAAAAAUCGUACAAACUCCUAAUGUAUGAAUUAUUCUCCAUGUCAAUGAAAACGAAAAGAAAUUACAGAACAACUUGAUGAUGAUGAUAAAGAAUAUGACGUAUUUAUCAGUUA